AUGAGAUUGGCUGCUUCUCGUUUAGUGUCACGUUCGGUGGCGUUGAGAAGUCCCUUACAACGAGGUGCCCACGUCCAGGGACGAAGAUUGUACUACUACUCGGUAGUGUCGCCUUUACAACUCAUAAAAUUCAUGCAUUUCAACUCUAAUGUACGGUUUAAUCCUCAGCUAAAGCUGGUCGCCACGCGGAGGUUUAGUUCGUUUAUCCCCAGGGUGGUGGCUAAGAUAGCAAAGACCCCCGUGUAUCUUGGGGGUGGCAUUGCAGCUGCUGGGAGUUACAUUGCAUACAAAGUGGAACAGACAAGUAAUUAUACUAUGGAUAAGAUAGACCAGUUGAAGGAUUUUUCAAGUGGAAUGAAGGAUAAGAUUGUGAGAUUGUUUCAGAACGGCAGUAAUGAUGGUGGUGGUUCUAAUUCAAAUGGCUCUAUACCCGGUGCCACUCUGGCUGCAACAUUGGCAGCUGAAGAAGAAGAGGAAGAGAGACUUGAUCAGGAGUUGCAAAAAAUGCAUGACAAUAAUGCAUGGGAUGAGGAUUCGAAUGAUGAAGAUGGCGAAAUUGAUGAUAGUAUCGACACUACUCAGGAUGAAAUGCUUAAUUUGACCAAGCAAAUGAUAGAAAUUAGAACCAUUUUGAAUAGAGUCGACCCAGGUUCAACUCAUUUGACGCUACCUUCUAUUGUGGUCAUUGGAUCUCAAUCUUCUGGUAAAUCCUCUGUAUUGGAGGCCAUAGUGGGAAAAGAAUUUUUACCCAAAGGUUCUAACAUGGUAACAAAAAGACCCAUAGAAUUAACUCUCGUGAAUACCCCAAACUCUCCAGAAAUUACGGCAGAUUUUCCCUCACAACGAUUGUAUAAUCUGAAAGAUUUCAAAGAAGUGAGGAGAAUCCUAUUAGAAUUGAAUAUGGCAAUCCCAUCUUCGGAAGCAGUCUCGGACGACCCAAUUCAACUAACUAUCAAAUCUUCCAGAGUACCCGAUUUGUCACUAGUAGAUCUACCAGGUUAUAUACAGAUUGAAGCUGCUGAUCAACCAUUAGAAUUAAAAUCUAGAAUCCGUCAAUUGUGUGACAAAUAUUUGAAGGAACCAAAUAUUAUAUUGGCCAUUUCAGCUGCAGAUGUCGAUCUUGCUAACAGUUCUGCAUUACGAGCCUCAAAGAAAGCCGAUCCAGAAGGGUUAAGAACGAUAGGUGUUAUCACCAAAUUAGAUCUAGUAAGUGCAAGUAUGGCCAAAGAUAUAUUGAACAACAGAAGAUAUCCUCUAAAGAUGGGAUACGUUGGUGUCAUAACCAAAGCACCAAACGAAUUUAAUAAGCACAAUUACCUUAGUCUGUUCAAUGACCAAUCAACUUCCAACAACUCAUCACAUUCACCAUUAAGUGGUUUGUUUGGUAAAAAAUUGGACCAAACAAGUAAAGAAAAUAAGAGCUCCGAGAAUGAAUUAGGUUUGCAACAAAUAGAAUCGAGACAGUUUGAAAAAUUAUAUUUUCAACAAAAUAAAAAGAUUUUUAGCAACUGUCAGGUAUCGACAAAAAAAUUGAGGGAAAGAUUAAUUAAAAUCUUGGAAAUAUCAAUGUCCAACGCACUUGAACCUACAUCAAAUAUAAUACAACAAGAACUGGAUGAUACUUCCUAUUUAUUCAAAGUUGAAUUCAAUGAUAGACAGUUAACUCCGAAAUCAUAUCUUUUGAAUAACGUAGAUAUAUUAAAGUUAACCAUAAAAGAGUUCCAGGAGAAAUUCAGUAGAACUGAAUUGAAAUCGAUAUUGAAGGCAGAUCUCGAUCAAAAAGUGCUUGAUUUUCUAGCUGCAAGAUACUGGAAAGACGAAAAUCUUGCCACUUCGCUUUCGUCUACAAUGAAGAGUGAUAGCGAAAUGUUAUAUUGGCAUAGAAAACUGGGACUUGCCUCUUCAAGUUUGACUAAAAUUGGUAUUGGUAGGCUUUCAACAAUGUUAGUUACAAACUCGAUCUUAAAGGAACUGGAUAACAUUUUAAAUAACACUCAAUUAAAAUCGCAUGAACUAAUUAAAGAUUUGGUGACCAACACUGCAGUGAAUGUACUAAAUACAAAGUAUUAUUCUACUGCUGACCAAGUGGAGAACUGUAUUAAGCCUUACAAAUAUGAAAUUGACUUAGAAGAUCGUGAUUGGGAACUGGCCAGAAAUCAUUCGAUUAGUUUACUGAAGGAAGAGUACCAUCAAUGUAAAGAGCGUUUUGACACUAUAAAAAAUGCAGUGGGAAAUAAAAAGCUACAGAGAGUAAUGUCAUAUUUGGAUCAUGAUGAUGGCUUACAAAAACAAGAAACCCUUGGAAUGUCUAAGAUUUUGUUAGAGAGAGGUUCUGAGGCAGUAUUCCUAGACAAAAGAUUGAAGGUACUGAACUUCAGAAUGAGGAUGCUGAGAAAUAGAUGCUACUCGAAAUCUGAGAAAGAUCGCUGUCCAGAAGUAUUUUUAAAUGCAGUAAGUGAGAAAUUGAUAUCAACCGCUGUACUAUUUUUAAAUGUUGAAUUACUAAGUGACUUCUUCUACAAUUUCCCAAUAGAAUUGGAUAGAAGGUUGAGUACUCUGAGCGAAGAGCAAAUCGAAAUGUUUGCUAAAGAAGAUCCAAAAAUUGCAAGACACAUUGAUUUACAAAAGAGAAAGGAGCUGUUAGAGUUAGCACUUGAGAAAAUCGAUUCAAUUUUGGUCUUCAAAAAGAGCUACAAAAAUGUAAAUACUAAUAUAUAG